GAUUGUGUAAGUAUUGAUCGUUCAUCAUCACAGUCAAGAUGCAGUACUUGAAUUGCACUUAGAGUCCAGCAACUCCACGACAAGAUCUUACUCACCAUGUCGUAUGAUGUCCAAAGCGUGUGCGAUAUCCUGGGCAUCAGCGCUCUGCAAGCACAAGUGCUAGUCGAGGCUCACACGGGAAAUAUAGAUCGGGCCGUAUGUGCUUAUCUAGAUAAGACUAUAGUGCUUGGCGACGAUCAUAUACCAGAAAGUUUGGUUCCCUUACAGCAACUGAGACUUGCAAAUGUAGCUGAUGCAACUAUUGUGUCACCGGACGAGGCCAAAGAUGCCCGCACCAGUGCUGGCGACGUAGGUGACUGUAAUGUAAUAGCAGCGAACCCAGAGACCGUGAACAGGGAUACGACACAACAUAGCGCUCCGAAUCCCAAUACUUAUUCUUGUAAACCACCGGAAGUGAAUGCACAGUCGGCAGGUGUGACUAAUCUGAAAGAAUCUCACGCCAAUGUAUUUGAUCAUAUUGUCCCACAAACGGGUACGACAGAGCAUAUUGAGACCUCAGGAGAUUGCAGCAGGACGCACACUGGUGAAUUAGAUACGAGUGAUGAUAAGCAUGUAGAUCCAAGCAUAUUUGCAGAUCCGCAGGAUCCAGAGUUGGAUUUAGACUACCCAUGUAGCGCUGACACAAAGCUAGAUUCAGACGCCGCCAUUGCAAACACAGUGGGAAAGGAUGUUUUAGAUACGCACCUACACAGUGAGCGAAAUAGGCUUAUGGACGAACACGCAUCCCUGCAAUGCCGUAUGGCUUCCGACAAUUUACAGAAGUCAGUAAUGACAACACCAAUGGUCAAAUCACUCGAUCGAUCGACUGGCAGUAAACCUACCAGGAACCUUUUCUCUGAUACACCGAGCAACAAGCGUAAGCGCCGGCAGGCGUCCAUGGACGAAUUCAGCAACAGCAGUCACGCUCUGGCAAGGAAACGGCCCACGCUCGCUGAGGUUGCCAGCCAGUUCUGCAUGCCACGCAUUCGGAUGAAGAAAGGCUUCGACACCUAUGAGGUCUUCAAGGGGAACAAGAUGGUCAACAUUCCUCUCCGCGAAUUCACACGCCGCACACCCACAAGUGCUGUGGAAGGGCUGUUGCCUCAGGUGUGUUGGUCUGUAGACGACCUUAUAUCUUACGUAGACGACUUUAUAUCUUACGUAGACGACUUAAUAUGUCACGCAGACGACUUUAUAUGUUACGUAGACGACUUUAUAUAA